UGUUUGAUCACAAGGUGACAAAUCUAAGUAACAUGAGCUGUCUACUGAUCUCCAUAUAGACCCGCGAAACAAGCCAAAGUUAAGCUCUCACUCUCUUUAAUAUAUAUACAUACAUAUAUACACCCAUAUUAAUACAUACAUAUAUAUAUAUAUUCACAUAUCUAUAUCUAUAUAUAUUCACAUAUCUAUAGCUAUCUAUAUAUAUACAUGCAUAUAUAUGAAACUCAGACAUCUUCUCAUUCUGAAAAUAACACCAAACAUAUCUAAGGUUUCUCUAAGCAGUCCUAGUCCUACUUAGGUUCAUAGCAUCCUCAUUAUUGAUUAGACAUGUUCAAGAUCAGUGAGCAAGAAGGGACUGGUGCUGGUGGUUGUGGUGGAAGUUUCUUCACUAACCCUACCCUCAUCAGUCCUCGGAUCUCAUUCUCCCAUGAUUUCGUCGACGCGAUCCACCCGGAGCUCAGGAGCUACAAGGAGGCCCCCGUGUCGUCGGACUUCGAAUUCUCUGUCAAGAACAACACCAUGAUCCCUGCAGACGAGAUCUUUGUCAAGGGCAUGCUGGUGCCAUCGAGAGAGGACGACAAGUCUCGGUCGAGGACGAGCACGACCUUGAGGGACGAGCUUCUCGUGGGAGACGAUGAUGGGGACACGUCCAAUCAGGAUGCCUUCUCAGGUUGGUCAGGCCGGUGGAUCGAUAGGUGGGCUUUGAAGAAGGGUAACCAUCAUCUGUUUGGAUCAAAGAAAGGCGGGAAGAGAAGUGGCAGUUUUGAUGGAAUGCCGCUGGAGACAGUAGUUGAGGAGAAGGGUCCUAAAUCUGUCAAUGUUGAAGCGCCUCUCAUCACUAGCAAGGAGCAAAAGAGAUCCUCGGUCGAGCGCCGCGAUGAUGCCUCAGUCUCUAUUGGGUGAGUGCAUUAGGUCACUGCGACCAAUUUCAAUGUGCAGAAUGAUUGUCCUGUACUGAAUUGGUGAUGUACAAAGUGAUCUUUUAACGAUUCCUGGUUGAAUUUUGUCCCAAGUCGUUUGAUCAUUCAGCGAAGAAUGCCU